GCGCGGGUAGUUGUGGGUAGGGCGCCCAAGAGGGAGAAAGGAGCCGGGGGCUGUGAUCGCGCCGCCCGCCGGGCCUGAGGGGAUGUUCCAGAACAAUCCCCACGCGGAGGGGGCGACGGUGGUCGCCGCGGCCGGGGAGGCGCUGCAGGCCCUGUGCCAGGAGCUGAACCUGGACGAGGGAAGCGCGGCCGAAGCCCUGGACGACUUCACCGCCAUCCGGGGCAACUACAGCCUAGAGGGAGAAGUUAUACACUGGUUGGCAUGUUCAUUAUAUGUCGCAUGCCGUAAAAGCAUUAUUCCCACAGUUGGAAAGGGUAUCAUGGAAGGAAAUUGUGUUUCACUUACCAGAAUACUGCGUUCAGCUAAAUUAAGUUUAAUACAGUUUUUUAGUAAAAUGAAGAAGUGGAUGGACAUGUCAAACUUGCCACAAGAAUUUCGUGAACGUAUAGAAAGGCUAGAAAGAAAUUUUGAGGUGUCUACUGUAAUUUUCAAAAAAUUUGAGCCAAUUUUUUUAGAUAUAUUUCAAAAUCCAUAUGAAGAGCCACCAAAGUUACCACGAAGCAGGAAGCAGAGGAGGAGUCCUUGCAGUGUUAAGGAUCUCUUUAAUUUCUGUUGGACACUCUUUGUUUAUACUAAGGGUAAUUUUCGUAUGAUUGGAGAUGAUUUAGUAAACUCUUACCAUUUACUUCUGUGCUGCUUGGAUCUGAUUUUUGCCAAUGCCGUUAUAUGCCCAAAUAGGCGAGACUUGCUAAAUCCAUCAUUUAAAGGUUUACCAUCUGAUUUCCAUACGGCUACCUUCAGGGCUCCUGACGAGCCUCCCUGCGUCAUUGCUGUACUGUGUGAACUGCAUGAUGGACUUCUCGUAGAAGCAAAAGGAAUAAAGGAACACUACUUUAAGCCAUAUAUUUCAAAACUCUUUGACAGGAAGAUUUUAAAAGGAGAAUGCCUCCUGGACCUUUCCAGUUUCACUGAUAAUAGCAAAGCAGUCAACAAGGAGUAUGAAGAAUAUGUUUUAACUGUUGGUGAUUUCGAUGAGAGGAUCUUUUUGGGAGCAGAUGCAGAAGAGGAAAUCGGAACUCCUCGAAAGUUCCCUGGUGACACACCAUUAGGGAAACUGACAGCACAGGCUAAUGUGGAGUGUAACCUUCAACAACACUUUGAAAAAGUAAUAUAACCUAGCCUGGCCUCAGUCUUGAAUGAUCUUUUUUCUCUCUGUGUGUGAUUCUACUAACAGCAGAAGCAUCUUUCAAGUUAAAUCUUGAGUUUCUUCUACUAAUUCAUAUUUCCCAUGAAAGCCUUAAAAGAAAACGUCAUUUGCACCUUCUACCCCACUGACAGGACGGCGAUAUUUACGAGAAAAAGAAGCAGUCAUUACUCCUGUUGCUUCAGCCACCCAAAGUGUGAGCCGAUUACAGAGUAUUGUAGCUGGACUGAAAAAUGCACCAAGUGAACAACUUACAAGUAUUUUUGAAUCUUGUAUGCGUAAUCCUAUGGAAAAUAUUAUGAAAUUAGUGAAAGGAAUAGGAGAGACUUUCUGCCAACACUAUACUCAAUCAACAGAUGAACAGCCAGGAUCUCAUAUAGACUUUGCUGUAAACAGACUAAAGCUUGCAGAAAUUUUGUAUUAUAAAAUAUUAGAGACUGUAAUGGUUCAGGAAACACGAAGACUUCAUGGAAUGGACAUGUCAGUUCUUUUAGAGCAGGAUAUAUUUCAUCGUUCCUUGAUGGCCUGUUGUUUGGAAAUUGUGCUCUUUGCCUAUAGCUCACCUCGGACUUUUCCCUGGAUUAUUGAAGUUCUCAAUUUGCGACCAUUUUAUUUUUAUAAGGUUAUUGAAGUGGUGAUCCGCUCAGAGGAGGGACUUUCCAGGGACAUGGUGAAACACCUGAACAGCAUCGAAGAACAGAUUUUGGAGAGUUUAGCAUGGAGCCAUGAUUCUGCACUGUGGGAGGCCCUCCAGGCUUCUGCAAACAGAGUUCCUACUUGUGAAGAAGUUAUAUUCCCAAAUAACUUCGAAACGGGAAAUGGGGGAAAUGUACAGGGACAUCUUCCCAUGAUGCCAAUGUCUCCUCUAAUGCAUCCAAGGGUCAAAGAAGUUCGGACUGACAGUGGGAGUCUUCGAAGGGAUAUGCAACCAUUAUCUCCAAUUUCUGUCCAUGAACGCUACAGUUCUCCUACCGCAGGGAGUGCUAAGAGAAGACUUUUUGGGGAGGACCCCCCAAAGGAAAUGCUAACGGACAGGAUCAUAACAGAAGGAACAAAACUGAAAAUUGCUCCUUCUUCAAGCUUUACUGCUGAAAAUAUAUCAAUUUCACCUGGGCAAAGUCUUCUAACAAUGGCCACAGCCAUAGUAACAGGGACAACAGGACAUAAAGUUAAAACAAUCCCAUUGCACGGUAUUGCAAAUGAUGCUGGAGAGAUCACACUGAUACCAAUUUCUGUGAACACAACUCAGGAGUCCAGAGUCGAGAAUCCUGUAUCACUUACGGCUCAGUCAUUACUUGAUAUGUCUCCGAAACAAACCCAUCUUACUAAAGCACAAGAGGUACAUCCAACUGGAAUAAGCAGACCAAAGAGAACUGGGUCCUUAGCAUUGUUUUAUAGAAAGGUGUAUCAUUUGGCAAGUGUACGCUUACGUGAUUUAUGUUUAAAACUGGAUGUUUCAAAUGAGUUACGAAGGAAGAUAUGGACGUGCUUUGAAUUCACUUUAGUUCACUGCCCUGAUCUAAUGAAAGACAGACAUUUGGAUCAGCUCCUCCUUUGUGCCUUUUACAUCAUGGCAAAGGUAACAAAAGAAGAAAGAACUUUUCAAGAAAUAAUGAAAAGUUAUAGGAAUCAGCCCCAAGCUAAUAGUCAUGUCUAUAGAAGUGUAUUACUGAAAAAUGUUCCAAGAGAAGUUGUGGCUUACAAUAAAAAAAUAAAUGGUGAUUUUGAAAUGACAGAUCCUGACUUGGAAGAAGCUACAAAAACACCUGACUGUUCCAGUGGCCCAGUAAGAGAGGAAAGAGGAGAUCUUAUCAAAUUUUAUAAUACAGUCUAUGUAGGAAGAGUGAAAUCAUUUGCAUUGAAAUAUGACUUGUCAAAUCAAGACCAUAUGAUGGAAGCUCCACCUCUUUCUCCUUUUCCACAUAUUAAGCACCAGCCAGGCUCACCACGUCGCAUUUCCCAGCAGCACUCCAUUUAUGUUUCCCCACACAAGAAUGGGUCAGGCCUCACGCCAGGAAGCGCUCUGCUGUAUAAGUUCAAUGGCAGCCCUUCUAAGAGUUUGAAAGAUAUCAACAACAUGAUAAGGCAAGGUGAGCAGAGAUCCAAGAAGCGAGCAAUACCCAUUGACAGUGAUGCAGAAUCGCCUGCCAAACGCCUCUGUCAAGAAAAUGAUGAUGUUUUACUUAAAAGACUACAGGAUGUUGUCAGUGAAAGAGCAAAUCAUUAGUGCCCUUCCUGUUUAUGUAAUGAAAGCACUUUCAGGUUGUUUUGCAGAAAGUUGGGGCUCUGUCCUUCAAAACUUUCAGCCUUGUAGAUGGUAAAUAUUGAAUUAUAAGAAAAAUUAUACCAAAAUCAUGUGCUUUUUUUUUUUUUAAACAUCCAAAAUGUAGUUGCCAGAGAUGUAUUUUCAGUUGGACUGGAAAGAAAUGUUUUACGUACCUUUUAAACAUAUUAAUAGCCCUAGAAUUUUUUUAAUGUUUGUUCCUUGGGUUAGUUUUUAAGAUGAAGUAAGGAGAAACCUCAUAAUUUUUUAGCUCACUUUUUUAAAUAAUCAAAUGUCUCCUCCUGUGCUUUGUGUUGAGGGUAAAUAAUCUAUUUUUGGUAAGUGCGCUUUGAGAUAUUUGUGCUCUCAAUUUAAUACUGGGUUGGUUCCCACAGCACCUAGGCCAGAGGCGGAUGCAUCAGCGGUCUCUGACCUGCUGUGGUCCCUCCACAUCCGGGUGCCACUAGCAUUCUGGGUUGUCUAGAUCCCUUCCCUGCCCUUCCUCUCCUUGAGCAUAUGCAAAUUUGUACCUGAACCCAUGCACUACCCCCACCUAAGCCCUUUCCAACCCUAAGCCCUCUUAGCCUGGUAUCCCAACCUAAUAAAAGGAGUAUUAGCUCCUUUUUUAAACUACUAUCAUUUUGUUUUUCUGAACCAUUAACUUAAUUAUUCAUGAUUGUAUUACAUCAUGUGAUUCUCAAAACAGGAUGCUGUUUCCCAAGCCAGUAGAAUAAAAUACAGGUAAGAGUUGUCAGAAGCUAAAUUGCUGUUAGUGAGAAAGCACUAUGAUAAUAUAUGAGACACUGUUCCGAGGUUAGACAUUCUCAAUAUCUAAUUGAGUUCCUAAGAACAGUUAACCGUUUUUUAGAAUCACAGUAACAUCCAUCUCUUUGUUCUCAGUAUUGUUGGUGCAAUGUGAGUUUCCCAUUAGGAUCUGAUCACUGGGGCCCCUUAAGGAUGUUUUACAGUACUAGGUAGGGGGAUGCAACUUUCCAGAGAAUCAGCUGUUCAAUAUUCACUUUUUCUAGUGUGUUUGCGGAGUCUGGAAGGACAUGGACAAGCCAUUCUUAACUAUUUUUGAGAAAAUGUUAUCAAAUGUAUAUUUUUUGACUGAAAAAUCUUAUUUUUUAAAAUGCAAAGUGUUUGACUUAACCUAUGUCUAACCCUGGCUAAUUUGAAUUAGUCUAACAUUUUGGCUGUAAAUUAGUAAUUACUAUUGACAGAAAUUUUAUUUUUAAAUUGUAAGAAGGAAAGUGAUUUGGGUCACAUUUUACUUUUCUGUAAAUUACAUCUUUUUGUGUAGUAUCUACACAUGUUACAAGCCAAAUAACAUCGUGUGUCUCGAGUCCUUGUAUAUAUUUUUAUGUAGCUACAACUUUUGUGUCAUUUUCAUCUUCUUUAUUAAUGUGCAGAGUAUAAGUGAACAUUUGUACUUUGACUAUAUAAGAAACGCUCGACACGUUUUUAUCAGUUUUCAAGACUUGAUAUUAAUGUAC